AUGACUGUGGAGAACAGCAAUUUGGAACACGAGUGUCACCUUUUAAAUCAACACGAACUUUCGAGAUCACAAAAAUACGAAUUGCAACGUUUCAUUGAUCAAAAUUCCCAUCUUCUACGUUCACCAAGUUCACAAGGAACAGGUGACUCAUCAAUUUGGACGAAAGAUAAAGGAGAGGAUCGAUCCAAUCCGUAUCAGCGAAACUACGGAACGUUAUCCAUAUCAUCAUCACCACCCAACAGAAGUAGUAGGAAGGAAGUAAAGUGGUCAGACGACGUGUACCAAUCAACAGGACCAAUCCGUCAAACAUCUUCAUUAUCACCGAACUGGUCUACAACGAACAAUCAUUUGAAAACUUCCGACAGUUUCGACGAUUUUUAUAAUUUGUAUAAUAAUUACAACAGUGGUAAUAGCAGUAGCACAAACACAAUGUCAUAUUAUGGCAAUACUGGAAACAUAAAUAGAGGUCGUGAUAAUCACUUUCCGGAAUAUAGUCCAACUAGCAAUUAUCAAUCAUAUGGAAAGCAUCCGGAUGAUUAUAAUCGAUAUGAAACAGCACGUUCUCGAAGUCAUACAUUACAACGACAACGAGAAGAUGAUGAAAGGAGUCGAUUUUCGGGAUAUGGUGAUCGACCGGGUUCUGGUGUAGAAUUUAUGCCUACAAAAUGGCAUGGUGGUGAGAUUAUUACUGAUCCGGAACAUUUGCCUCGCUCACUAAAGCCACGUCGUUUGUAUUAUUCACCGAUUGGUGAUGGUGUUGUCGCUGCAGAUGGUGUUGAAUUGAAACGUGCACCAAAAGAUAUGUCACCAAAAAUUACGGUGACACAUAGCAGAACGUUGGAUAGAGGUGAAUCUGGCCAUGAUGGUUACAAUAUCUAUGCUCGUACAACAACUCAUGAUUUAGGAAAUGAUUAUGGAAGUGAUAUGGGUGGAAGUGGACGUGAUUCACGACUAACAGGUGGCAUAUCACCAGGUAGCGAUUCAUAUGGACAACAAAGUGGUGUUAGCCCUGGUAUGAGUUAUGGUGGACGAGAUUCUGAUUAUAAAAGACCAGGAAGUGGUGCUGGUGGUGGUGCUGGUGGUUAUAGCACUGGUAGUGGUGGUGGUAGUACACCAUUUGGUCAUGGAAAAGAUUAUUCAAGUGAUACUGGAUCAGGUGAUAUUGGUUAUCCAGGUGGUCGAGGUGGUUAUAUCGGUGUAGGUGGAUAUGGUUCGGGAAUACGUGGUACGAAUAGUUAUGGUACUGAAUCACGAAAUAUGAUUUCACCAAAUUAUCGCUAUGAUUCACCAACUGCAACUGCAACUUUUCAACAUUCACCAGCUUAUCAUGAUUCACAUAAUACAUUUGGUUUUACAUCACAAUCUGAUCCAUUUGUGAGUGAUAGAGGUCGUUCUCAGAGUGUUGACUUACUAAACGGACAUCAUGACAGUUAUGGUGAUUACGGAUUUAAAAACGAUGGUCGUUUAAGUGAAUCAUCCGCAUUACAUGAAUCAGUCAAAUCAGAACGAUAUCAUAAAUUUGAUGUAACGAAAGAUUAUUUGAUAACAAAUCCACGUGAAUUAAUACAUCAAUAUGCAACAACAACUCCAGUUUCUAUACUAGAAAUACCUGAAACAUCGCGUACGGUUAAAAAAAUGUAUUCAUCAACAACGGAAGAAAAGUAUGUACCUUAUCCACCUUAUAAAGGUUCCGAUGCUGUUGUUCAUCCAAAUAAUUUCGUUCGUCAACUAAGAGAUGAAGGAUUAACCGUAUCGCAACGUGAAGCAAACAGGCAUCAAAAUCCUCUGACAACCGAUAAUCCAGAAAUUGCGCACAAAAUUUCGGAAAUACGUAAGGAAACAAGUCGAGCAGCACCAACAAACAAAGAAAUUGAUCAUCUAACUGAAAAAAUGAUGUAUAAUUUACAGAGCGGGCCAUCAACAUCACUGCAUUACUAA